AUGCUUCAGGUUCCAGUGCGGGAACUCUCCAACGUGGCCUCCACCAAGGCCGUCAUCUUGGUCGGAGGCCCCUCCAGAGGAACCCGUUUCAGACCUCUGUCUCUGGAUGUGCCCAAGCCCCUUUUCGAAGUCGCCGGUCAUCCCAUCAUCAACCACUGUCUCAAGGCUCUUGCAAAAAUCCCCGAUAUCCGCGAAGUCAUCCUGGUCGGCUACUACGACGAAUCGGUCUUCCGUGACUUCAUCAAGGACUCCGCCAAGGAAUUCCCCCAGUUCCGACUCCAAUACUUGCGAGAAUACACAGCGCUGGGCACAGCAGGAGGUCUCUACCACUUCCGAGAUGCCAUUCUCAAGGGCAAGCCCGAGCGCAUCUUUGUCCUCAAUGCCGACGUCUGCUGCUCGUUCCCCUUGGUCGAGAUGCUGAAGCUGUUCGAGGAGAAGGACGCCGAGGCCGUCAUUCUGGGAACACGGAUCAACAAUGACGCCGCCACCAACUUCGGAUGCAUCGUGUCGGACUCACACACGAAGCGCGUGCUGCACUACGUCGAGAAGCCCGAGUCGCACAUCUCCAACCUCAUCAACUGCGGCGUCUACCUCUUUGCGACCGAGUGCAUCUUCCCCGCUAUCCGCAGCGCCAUCAAGCGCCGCACCACCCGCCCCCGCCUCCUCUCCUACCCUUCCUCCGAGAACCUCGAGUCCUCCUUCGUCGCCACCGAUGACGACGCCGAGAAGAACGAGGUCCUCCGCCUGGAGCAGGAUAUCCUCUCCGACCUGGCGGACAGCAACCGGUUCUUCGUCCACGAGACCAAGGAUUUCUGGCGGCAGAUCAAGACCGCCGGCUCGGCCAUCCCCGCCAACGCGCUCUACCUGCAGAAGGCUUUCCAGGCGCAGUCGGAAGAGCUCACCCCACCCUCCGCCACCAUCGUGCCCCCCGUGUUCAUCCACCCCACCGCGACCGUCGACCCGACCGCCAAGCUGGGCCCCAACGUCUCCAUCGGCGCCCGCGUCGUCGUCGGCGCCGGAGCCCGCAUCAAGGACUCGAUUGUGCUGGAAGACUCGGAGAUUAAGCACGAUGCCUGCGUGAUGCACUCCAUUAUUGGUUGGAGUAGCCGGGUAGGCGCCUGGGCGCGUGUCGAGGGCACGCCAAUUCCCAUGGCGAGCCACUCGACGAGCAUCGUCAAGCAGGGUAUCAAGGUGCAGAGCAUCACUAUCCUGGGCAAGGAGUGUGCGGUCGGCGACGAAGUCCGGGUCCAGAACUGCGUGUGUCUGCCGUACAAGGAGCUGAAGAGGGACGUGGCCAACGAGGUUAUCAUGUAA